AUGGCGACUUUGUGUUGGGCCUUGGUCGCGGUACUCGAAAUCUUCAACGUCCUAGUCCGCAACAAUCAAGGGUUGUCGCUACAGCAGACAAACCUGGUCAAUUUGGCAAGAUACAUGCCAACUCUGGGGAUAAUCGCACUCGCGUUUGGCUUCAAAGGCGUCAUCAGCGAUCUGAAAGUUGUGAGUCCAUGGUCAAGCAUGAGCGGUAGGUGGGCUACGGCUCAAGACUCCGUGCUGUUGGACUAUGUGAACGGCAUUGAGUUCCAGUCUAUCUUUCUUGCAUUUCGCAAAGGGCACUGGGCUUUGGCCAUGGCAUUGGUUGUCGGGUUGUUGUUUGGUGUCCUGGUGCCUGUUGCAAACUCACUGACCUUCGUCGACGACUCGGCCUCCAUGAUCGUUUCGGCACCCUUUCUGCAAAAAUCCACGUUUGAUUUCGAUGCUACACUGGCUUUGCCGAACGGGUCGCUGGCUGUGCCCCUGGACUAUACCGGGCAAAAGCCGUACGCUGCCGUCGCUUCAGAACGGCUCGCCAACGGCGCGCCCUCUCCGUGGACCACCGGCAAUCUGGCUUUUGAAGCCUUCUCUUCCACUGCGUACACGCCUUCAUCGGGUACGACCAUCGCGGCUAACGUCACCGCCCUCUCGGCAGACCUGAAUUGCUUUCCUCUCAGGCACAAUGCCCGUGUUCUAGACAAAUACACCAUAACAGUACUCGAUGGGAAUGAGGACGAUCUCAAGGCAGCGAGUUGCUCACUCCCUGUACAACAAACCUAUUACCAAGACGAGAGUCUCGCUUAUCUGAAUGUCACGAGCUGCUCUGAUAGUCGCAAAGACAUCCGCAUCUUGGCCACGUUAAUCUCUAAGGAUGAGGCUAAAUUUGGAAACUUUACUGCGACGGGUCUCAUAUGUUCGCCAGCUUUCGCGAGGCAGGAAGUCCACCUGAGAGUGAAUGGCACUACAGAAAGGGCAGUGAGCUAUACAACUCAGGGCGACGCCGUGCCGACAGAUAUCCAAACCUCAGUCGAGGCUCUAUGGAUAUAUCUCAACAACCCCUUAGACACGACCACGAUGACUGCGUUCGGCGAGGCCCAGAAUCCUGGCCCUUAUAACCCUACGGAGCGUCCGCUGGCAACUUUCAGCAAUAUCACAGCGGCAGUCACUAAGCUGAUACAGCUUGGCAAUGCUGACCCUUUCUCAAGUCUUCUCAUAAACGGCCAGGCUGACGUUUUCGACUUCUAUGUUCGCAACCCUCGGUCGUUUCAGACCGAGGUUGAAGGCCUUGCAAGCAGUAUUUGGGCUCAAACUGUUAACGCCUUCUCGAGGAAAGCUGCGUCGCUACCAAUGCAAGGGACCAUCGAAACAGCUGAAGCCCGGCUCUUCCUUCGCAAGGCAUCGUUGCGGGUUAUGCAAGCCCUCCUAGGCUGCAUCGGGCUGAUCAGCGUUUUCAGUCUCACCUUCCUGAGGCCGAAAACAUCGUUACGAACGGACCCCGGCCCGUUGGCGUCGAUGGCCCUUGUGCUUUCUGCGUCGGAUCCCAGGGUUGAAGAGCGCCUGGGCUCGCAUGCACAAAGUACUGCCACAACUUUCGAUCAAGCUUUGCUGUUUUCCAAGUGGAGUCUACAGUCGACUCCCACUCCAGGCCAGAUGGAAGUCAGGCUGGAGGAUUUGGAAGACCCAGACGCAGACAACAGGCGGAGCUCGACCGGAGCAGAGUCCUGGCGGCCGCUUCCAUUGCGCCUGUCUGCUAGGAUCGCCCUCGUAAUCGCGAUGCUCGUGUUUAUGACGACUCUCGGUAUUCUUCAGUGGAUGUCCAGCAAAAACCGAGGCCUCUGUCGGUACACGUUCCUAUCAUCGACGGUCGCGUCCAUUGCCCCGGCCACGAUUCUAGUCCUGCUUGGAUAUUGGGUUUCGGGAGAUACGGUCUUUUUCUGGUCGCCUACUCGGCCAAAGACGGAUCAGGUCUUGUUCACUCUGGUCACGUCGGCUGUAAUCCUGUUGGCAGUUCCAGUUGUGAAGCUGAUCGCAGCAGGAUUGUAUGAUGCACGGCCGUCUUUGAGCGAAGAAAUAGUGGCGUUCCAGGCCGAUACCACCCUGCCAGACACCGUUGCCUCAAUCUGGAACGUAUCCGACUUUAGCGCCGUCGUGAAGAGGGCGUCAGAAUUUACAGAAUGGACCACUAUCCCGGGCUUCAAUGUGCCCCAGCAGCCUGGGAUAAUCAACAAUAUUGUCCUUAGCAACAUUACCAGUGUUGUGUUAUCUCCAACAUCGUCGGAUCAAACAGAAAGCAAACUGAACGUGCGGGUUCCCGCGAUUGCUGUCGAUGUCAAAUGUACGCCGCUACCGAGUUCGGCCUUUAACCUUUCGGCAACAUACUCCUCGCUUUCCGGCAGUUGGACAUUUACCUGGUAUUGCAAGUCUGCGCCAUGCUCGACCUUGCUGAACCAGACUGUGCAGGUGCAGCAGUCGACCGUAUCAAAAGCGCAUGGUCUUAGCCCUCCUUACCCAUACCAAGGGUCAAGCUUUGUCCAAAAUCCUGAUUUUGAUACGAAUCAAUCGAUGGGAAACGCAUACCUCCCUCUGAUAGUGAACACCGCCUUCAACGUCAUCCUAGCAGACGUCUCAGCUCUGAUCAGACCGUAUGACUCAAUUCAGAACGCCAGCUUGAUGGAAAUGCCGGGCAAUUCUACCUCGAACACUAUGUGGGUUGGAGAUGACACGUUUUCAUUCCCCCUACCUACAGUCAGGGCACUCUCUUGCACCCGUGAAUUGAGCCUCGUUCAAGUGAAUGCGACAUAUGCCAGGACCUCCAAGAUAGUGGUGGGAGACGCUGAGACAAUCCUGCCGUGGAGCCCAGUGUCCGUUGAUUUGAGCUCGGUAACGCAUGAGCGUGCCUACCCGACAAUGCAACCAUACUGGUUCGCGCCGGUAACCCAACCCGUCUCGCAAUAUACACAAAGUGACGAUAUGGACGGAAAACUCAACAGCGAUUCCCUGUGGCCCAAGAUUGGCAGCCCCACGAACUUCUGGGAACUCCUCGCCGCCUAUGUGAAGUUCAAAGCGGACAACUUGACGAGCAUCUUGGAUGCUGACACGCUUGCAGCCGCGACCGAAGCCGUCCUCACGGCAUAUUGCACGCAAAUCUUGACGCAAUUGCGCCCUCUUGCACUCGCGUUAGCACCCGACUCUCAAAUCACUCCAUCGCUCCAGGGAACAUUGAGUCAGCCCGAACCUCGCCUUGUGCAAAACCUCACGGCCACAAUCGCGCUAGAAAGCCUUCUCGCCCUAAUGCUCUGCUGUAUCGUCUGGAUCUUCAUCCAAUUCCCCAGCGAGUCCAUCCUACCCAAGCCACCUGAUUCGAUCGCCGCCCGACUGUCGCUGUUGGCAAAUAGCUCCAUUGUGCGAAGGCUGCGCGAGGCGCGUGUCGCAGACCUGCAGGCCAUGGGAAUAUGGAGGGAAAAGGCUGCCCUCGGUUGGUGGUUGUAUCCAGGCAAGAGUAGGACUCCAGGAGCUGUCGAUGCACUCCACGAUGAGUCCAUGCAAUGGCGCUGGGGCAUCGAUGUUGGUCCCGACGUGAUCUUGCGAAGCUGGAACAGUCCACCAACUGCUAUCGAGACCGCCGAGCUGCUCAAAUCAGUCGGCUCUGAGUCAAGUGUGCCCUAUAUUUCAUCCAGUAUUGGCGACUCCUAUCCUUCGCUGGUCCGUGACGGCUCUCGUUUCAAUGUACGAGCUGCAGACUCGGAACUAGAGUCGCUUAUGGAGCGCGACCAGAGAUUUCUCCUUGAUGAGCAUAGUUCCAUCAGACCGACAAUGCCAUCGCCAGGACUGAGACGCGCUUCCGCUGGAUAG